AUGUCCAGCCCUCCAUCUCGUCUCAAGAACAUACUCGGGCACCUCCUCUCGUCGUCAACGCCGAAGAAGGAUGAGCCUCAGCCAACCCAUAACGUUCACCAGCUCUCCCCGACAUUCUUUCUCGAGCGUGCCGCGGCAAUUGAGCCAGAUGCUGAAGCCAUCUUCCACAUAACGGCGAACGGCCGGACUUUGCGACGGUCUUACAUCGAGUUUGCCGACAGAGCGCGCGGCCUCGCCUACUAUCUGAAGAAACAUGGCUUCAAGAGGGUCGGUAUUCUGGCUCCCAACACCCCCGCCUUCCUCGAGUCCAUCUUUGGCAUUGCUGCCGCUGGCGGGGUCAACGUGGGCGUCAACUACAGACUGAAGCCGGAUGACAUCACCUACAUAUUCGACUUUGCCGAGGUUGAUUCCAUCAUCGUCGAUCAUGAGUUUAUCUCCUUGCUCGACGACUUCAGGGCGAAGCACCCCAAUGUGCCUUUGAUCGUCGACACAGACACUGACGCCACUGAAGGCCAACUGAGCGGCCCCUUUGAUGACGCUGUCCUGGAGGGACUGCGCUAUGAUGGUCUGCAUGGCAAGGGAUGGGCGGGGCUUCACUCUCAGUGCGACAACGAGGACGACAUGCUGGCGAUUCCCUUCACCUCGGGAACUACAAGCCGGCCCAAAGGUGUCGUGUACACCCAUCGUGGAGCCUACUUGGCUGCCGUCGGAAACGUCAUUGAGUCGGGGUUGAACUAUCACACCGGACGUUGUAAAUAUCUAUGGACUUUGCCCAUGUUCCACGCAGUUGGUUGGACCUUCCCAUGGGCUGUGACGGCAGUACGUGGUACGCAUGUGUGUCUUAGGAAGAUCGACUACCCUCUCAUCUGGAAACUCCUGAAGGAAGAAGGCGUCACUCACUUCAACGCGGCCCCGACCGUAAACACUCUCUUAUGCUCCGCGAAGGAAGCAGAGAAACUGCCCCACGAAGUGCGGGUGACGGUGGCUGCUAGCCCCCCAAGCGCACACCUAUUUGAGCAAAUGACGAACCUUAAUCUCUUCCCCGUUCACGUGUAUGGGUUGACGGAGACGUAUGGACCCAUCACCAAAGGCUACCAUAUGCCAUCAUGGGAGACUCUUCCAGCCAGCGAGAAGUAUGCCAAGAUGGCUCGCCAGGGCCACGGUUUUGUGACGAGUCUUCCCAUUCGCAUCGUCAAGACGGAUCAGCCGGAAGGUGUUCUCGUCGAUGUUGCCAAGGACGGCAAGGAGAUCGGCGAAAUUGUGUUCCUCGGCAAUAUCUGCGCCAAAGGUUACUAUAAGGACGCUGAGGCAACCAAGAAGCUGUUUGACAGAGGUGCGCUGCACUCGGGAGAUCUGGCAGUCCAUCACCCAGACGGUUCGGCCCAGAUCCUCGACCGAGCGAAGGACAUUAUCAUAUCGGGGGGUGAGAACAUUUCGUCGGUGGCGCUCGAGGGCAUGCUCAUCCAGCAUCCCGAUCUGAUGGAAGCAGCCGUUGUGGCGGUGCCCGACUCCCACUGGGGCGAACGUCCUAAAGCCUAUGUGACGAUCAAAGAAGGCAAGAGUCUUGAAGGGGAGGAUCUGAUUGCGUGGGCAAGGAACCAGAGCAACAUCUCCAAGUUCAUGGUGCCUCGCGAGGUUGAGGUGGUUGACGAGCUCCCCAAGACCAGCACGGGUAAGCUGAAGAAAAAUGUUCUCAGAGAGUGGGCCAGGGGGCGCCGAGAGUGA